UGGAGUCAGCGCUAUAAUGAUCAAAUUUGUAAUGACCUCAUUGUACAGGAGAGUGGCGCCUAGUCCGAGAGGUUUGUGUGGUCAUAGAUUACAUGAUGAGUGCCUCAACUCCGAGUGGUUUUGAUCGCUUUAUGACAAUUUUCUCACCCGAGGGGCGACUUUAUCAAGUAGAAUACACUUUUAAGGCUAUCAGUCUUGAUGGUCACUUAUCCGUGGGUGUGCGCGGCAACGACUGCGCGGUUGUUGCUGCACAACUGAAGCUUCCAGAUAAAUUAAUCGACCGAAGGUCUAUGACACGCAUAUUUCGUCUUACAGAUUCUACUGGGUGCAUCAUGACUGGUAUGGCACCAGAUUGUCGCGCCCAAGUACAACGAGCCAGAUAUGAGGCUGCAACAUUCAAACACAAGUUUGGUUAUGAGGUCCCCUGUGACGUGCUGUUACACAGAAUCGGUGAAAUCAACCAAGUAUAUACACAAUCCGCCGAAAUGAGACCACUUGGUUGUGCCAUGUUGGCUAUUUCUUAUGAUGAAGAACUCGGGAAACCUCAACUAUACAAAUCUGAUCCUAGUGGAUUUGUUGCUGGACAUCGAGCGGUCGCUGUUGGUGACAAGCAAACCGAAGCUAUGCGUCAUUUGGAAAAUGAGGUAUACCCAUUUUCUACAGGUCAAUAUCCCUGUGGUUCAUAUAUUUAGUGUGACAACCUUCCAAACUUAUAUUUCAUGUUAGAUGUUAAGUAGAUUAAGUCUUUAUUGUUAAAGACGACUGUUUUCGUUCAUCAUCUCGCAAUAACGACUUGCUAAGUACAUGUAGAUCGUAUAAAUCGGCAUGAAACCACCCACUAAGCGUGUCUAACCAGCUUUUGCUCCAAGUAUACAAAAAUAUAUUAGAUACUCUUAAUUGUCGUAAGUUUGUUAUUUAUUUUGUACUAUUUUGAGGCACGUAUGAGUAUGUUUCAUCCACCUAAGCCACGUGAAUCAUACAGAUCAGUGCCACAGGAUAUUAAAAAAAUUCGGUGAAACUCUAAUUUAUGGACGACCUUUGAACGAAUUUUUAAGGGACCUUGAGGACAUUAGCCAAUCAGAAGAGAGUUAGUAUAAAGUAAAAAUAUAUUAUAAAAGAGUGAUGAAUUACAAUGGAUAUUCUUCUUUUACAUUAUUUGAGAGCUUGUUGAGGUUUGAUAUAGGUUCAGAAGUUUUGAAAUCAUAGUGCACGCGGUAUAAGAACUCGUCCAUAUGACUCUAUAAUAAUCGUCCUCUGGAGCCGUGGUAGGGUUUUAAAGAAUACUUCAGCCUAGACCACAUGCCCUCAAUGUUGUUUGUAUGGACCCCCCGUCGUUGGAUCAAAGAAAAGACGUUUGUACACCACAACAUAAUGCACAAAACCAAGUCUGGAGAGGCAUCUAUACGCUUUCCAAAAAUCGGUAUAACCGCAGCUAAUGUUACUGGAGACUUUAUGAUCCAAUUUGCAACGAUUAUCAUGGUUUGUCUUAGCCUUAGCCGUGACCGGGUAAAAAAGUGACAGUUCGAGCAGAUUUUUUUCUACAACAUAUAGUACAACGAAAUACAGUGUCAUCGCGGCAGUCUGCACAUCGUGCUGCGGUCAUUUAAUUGCCGCAGUCACAGACACAGGAACUUCCUAAUAGUCCCAUCUGCUGUAGUCUCUCAACGAUCACCUAUUCUUUAAAAUCUGCUGUAAAACGAUCGAAUGUGAGCAUCUCGCACUGAACUUAGCGCCAUGACCUUGAAAUUCCUUAGACGCUUCUGAUUGGCUCGUCCAUAAAUUAGAGUCCUACCAAAAAUUCAUAGUUUAUUUAGUAUUCAGUAGCACGAACAUAAUUUCUUACCAUAAUAUUAUAAGCCCUCGAAUAAUUGCUGUGUCAAUCCAAGCGCGUGAAAACUGUCCGUCUGCUGGUGUUUAUUGGUUAACAAUCGAAUCGAAAUUAGCGACCAGGGCUUUAUUUCGAGUUUUAUUGCUGAUGCCAGCCAGUUACAGUCGUGGUACGUCACUCUCAAGAUUUCUUGGCAAAUACUUGUUUGAGAUGUUAAGCUAUAAAGUUUUGAGUUAUUUACAGAUAUUAUGACCUUACCUGUAUUCAGCUUCUUUUUUAGGAGUUUCGGAAAGAUCGACGAGACUAAAGUUUGAGGGAUUUUGAGAAGACUGGUCGUAUAGUCAAGUCUAAUGCUUGUCCUAUAUUACGUGUCU